UUGGAUUCCUGAUAAACAAAUUUAUUAUAUCUUUUUUAAAUGAUCUUGAGACUAAUAAAAUUUAUUUAAUCAUAUUAUAUUAUAUUUAAAAAUAAUAUUUCAGAUUUAUAUAAAUGUUGUGAUGGAUACUGCAAUAGAUACGAUACUGUGAUAUUGACGAAUCGCGCGUUCCUAGGAAAUAUCCCUAGGAAUCGAAAGAUCAGUCACUGCAAGUGGUAAUAUCGGUUGUGUUUACCCCCUCCUUUACGUUCGUUGCUCUGUGUUCCGUUUGGCGUAUUCCACUGUCGAGUUGUGAAGUAACGAAGCGGUUUCGCCGAAUGUGGCGUAUCGUGUGUGCAUUUUAUGAUGUUUCUGAAUGAGUUUACCGUUGAUUAAGUGCCUAAGAACGACAUAGUGCAUCUUGUUUGUUAAUAUUACAGUAAAUAGUGUGACGAUGUUAAACGGUGAGCGAUGACACGCCCGUGAAAAACGAUAACAACAGCUAUCCUUUGAUUGACCAGAAACGAUAGAGAAAACGCAAUACGCGAAGGACCCUCUUUGUGUAUUUUUUUGUGACAUUUAUUGGAAAAAACAUGCUUCAGCCAAGAGCUACAUACAUCAAACGAUAGAAAAGGAAAAAAGGAAUGGAUAAUUUGAUGAUAAGUACAUCAAGUAAGAAUAGUUCACGCAGUACAUCACCUAAGAGAAGAAAUAUAUUAAUUUCAUCUCAACAAUUAUCAGCUACUUUGGAACAUAUUCCAAAAAUACGUAAUGUUUCACUUUCCCAAACAGGGGAGGAUAGUACAGGCAGUGGAAGUAGUGGUGGUGAAGGCAGUCUCAGCAUGAAAGGUAGUAGGCAAAAAUCACCAGGAACUGUGAUUCGAGUAGAUGCUAUGGAUGAAUCAAAUACCAAUUUAAUCACUGCCGAACAAGAUGAGUUUGUGCCAAAUAUUCAUCUACCAACUGAUGAUGAUGGAGAACAAUAUCAUGCAACACAAUCGUUCCUAUCAAAUGGCUCUUCUGAGUUAAUAACUGAUGAUGUUGACUCUAAUUCUGCUCGUGUUUGUCAAGCAAUUGAGAACAUUCAAAAUAAAAUUGCUAAAACACGAGAACUUAUAAGAAUAGAACAAACCACACGUGAUGAAAAUGUCAAUGAAUAUUUAAAAUUAGCUGCAAAUGCAGAUAAGCAGCAGCUUACCCGAAUCAAAGCAGUAUUUGAGAAGAAAAAUCAAAAAUCAGCGCACAGUAUUUCUCAACUCCAAAAAAAAUUAGAUAGUUAUACAAAAAAAUUAAAAAAUUUUGAGUUGAAUGGUGCACCUACAAGUCAUAGACAACCCCGAGAAGUGCUUCGUGAUAUGGGACAAGGACUUAAAAACGUGGGUGGCAAUAUUAGAGUUGGAAUCAGUGGUUUUUCAGGAAGUGUAAUGUCCAAACCAAGAGAAUUUGCACAUUUAAUAAAAAAUAAGUUUGGCAGUGCUGAUAAUAUAAAUACUUUAUCUCAUGGCUCGACUUUUUAUGUAAACGAUACACCGCGUGCAGGUAAUGGAGAUAACGCUAGUGUUGAAGAUGAAAAAGCUCAUCAUGGUUCAGCGACGCUUCCUGGUGGAUGUAGUUUGGGAUCAACUCAUAGUGCUGCAGCAAUGAAAUUUCCAUCCGAAGAAGGAUCCGAAUGUUCUAGUGUUACAAGCGAAAGCGGACCUGGUAGUAGGGGGCAAGCACACACAUGUCACAAUAGUAAUAAUGCUGCACUUAGUCUCAAAUCUAUUUUCUCAGAGUUACAAGAACAUAGAGAAAAUCUGGAGAGAAUGAAAGAUAAAUUAGAAGGUUUAAAGAGUUUACAACAAGAAGUGACAUAUCUUUCUCAUGCUUUACAAGAGGAACGUUUUAGAUGUGAGCGUCUAGAAGAACAAAUUAAUGAUUUGACUGAGCUGCAUCAAAAUGAAGUAGAAAAUUUGAAACAGACUAUAACAGAUAUGGAAGAAAAAGUGCAAUAUCAAAGUGAAGAUCGUUUAAGAGAUAUACAUGAAAUGUUGGAAAGUUGUCAAACUAAAAUUUGUAAAAUGGAACAUCAACAACAGCAACACCAACAAUAUGUUACUUUAGAGGGUUUGGAUAAUAGUAAUGCAAGAGCAUUGGUUGUAAAGCUUAUAAAUGUGGUAUUGACUGUGUUGCAAGUUAUUCUACUUCUUGUUGCAACAGGUGCUGGUAUAAUGAUGCCUUUUCUUAGGACUAGGGUGCGCAUAUUAACUACUACGCUUGUUGUAUUGGGCAUAGUAUUUGUGCUCAAACAAUGGCCUGAGGUUCACGACGUCGGGAGUCACCUCAUGCGCCAUCUUAAACAGACGCUCGCUGUUAAGUAGCACAUUGGUUAUUCUAGGGUAUAUUUAAAUUAAUCAUACCCUGUAAUGAAGAAAAAUUGUACACAUUUUGGACCUAUUUAUGUGCUGUAGUUUUGGAGCAAUAAUAGUAGGUAUAUGCGCAAAUGACUUUAUUUAUAUUUUAAAUUCGACAUUCACCAUUACUAUAUUAAAUCAGAUGAAUGAUCAAAUCUAUUUGAUACUGUUAACAGAAUUACAAUACAUAAAAACAUAUUUUGCUGUGCAAAAAUGUUUCACUUAUGAAGGAGAGAUUUUCUAGAGAUGAUAAAUGCAAAGUAUCAUUUAUCUUUUGUGCAAGUAUUAUAAAUUUAUUUACGAUCUUUUUAUUUUUAUUUGAGCAAUUUUAAAAAAGAAAAAAUAAAGAGAAAUAUACGUAUUUACUAUUUAAUAUUACUUGCGCGCGAAUAAAACAAAAACGAUUAUAAUUUAAAAUAAAAUAAAAUAAUUUCUAAUAAAUAAAUAAAGUAUAAGAAAAAGACAGUAAUAAUAAUGCUGUACACUGAUAUUGCUUGAUUACAUACGGCACAUUGUUAGAAGAAUUUACUCUAAUAUCGUGCGAUUAAAUUCAUUUUUACAUGAAUCAUUGAUUAAUAUGAAAUUAAAAAAAAAUUAUUGAACAAGCGAAAGUACUGAUUAAAAGAUAAAUAAAAAUUGUUUUAUUAUUAGUGUCUGUGGGAGGUGUUACUAUCAUUUUCGGGAUUGUAAUUCAUACAUUCGAUAUUCUAGUAAUUAAUUUAUAGUAAUUGCAAAAAUUAUAAAUACACUCUAAAUAAAAUAUUUGUAAUUAAAAUCGUCCAAUUGCUAAAGAAUAGUAUAAAUUAAAAAAGCAAUAGAAUAUUUAG